CUCCUCAUUCCUGCCAACUUUUGCUUCUUUCUCAAUACAGAAAGAAUAAAAACGACUCUUCUUUCUCCUAUUACGAUAACUGCCACCGCCACCACCGCCAUCAUCGCCACUAAAACCGUGGCAACCACCCCACCCCGUCUGCGGAAGAUAUAUAGACAAAACGAGAAGGAAAGAUAUAAAUUCUGAAAAAAAAAAUCAUGGUUCUUGAAACUGUAGUUGAUCAUCAUCCGAAUUCGUCUUUCAUGGCAAGUUUCCUCCGGCAGUGCGGUGGCUACGCGGUUAUAGACGGUGGACUUGCGACGGAGCUAGAGCGCCACGGCGCUGACCUCGAUGAUCCACUGUGGAGUGCGAAGUGCCUCAUAAACUCACCUCAUCUCAUUAGAAGGGUUCACCUGGAUUACCUUGAAGCUGGAGCAAACAUCAUUAUAUCUGCAUCUUAUCAGGCCACUCUUCAGGGUUUUGAAGCCAAGGGACUUUCCAGGAAAGAAGGAGAAGCCUUGCUGGUAAAAAGUGUGAAAAUAGCGUGUGAGGCUCGGGAUAUUUACUACGACAGGGCCACCAAGGGCUCCUGGGACAUUUCUGGAGAUGUACUAACGCGACAACAGCGUCCUGUUUUGGUUGCUGCAUCGGUCGGAAGCUAUGGAGCUUAUUUAGCUGACGGGUCCGAAUAUAGUGGGGUUUAUGGAGACAACAUUGGUUUAGACACACUGAAAGAUUUUCACCGUAGGAGAGUUCAGGUUUUGGCUGAGUCAGGGGCUGACCUGAUUGGCUUCGAGACCAUUCCAAAUAAGCUGGAAGCUAAGGCAUAUGCAGAGCUUCUUGAGUUCUCUUCCAAAGACGGCAUCAAUGUGGUUAGUGGCGAUCCAAUUCAAGAUUGUGCGUUGAUUGCCGACUCGUGUGAGAAGGUUGUUGCAGUUGGAGUCAACUGUACCCCGCCAAGAUUCAUUCAUGGGCUGAUCCAAUCAAUUCAAACGGUGACUGCCAAACCAAUUCUUGUAUAUCCCAACAGCGGCGAGACUUAUGAUGCCAGCAGAAAGGAAUGGGUGCCAUCAACUGGAGUGAAAGACGUAGAUUUCGUAUCAUAUGUUGGGAAAUGGCGCGAGGCUGGUGCUUCUCUAAUUGGAGGGUGUUGUAGAACUACACCAAACACCAUUAGAGCCAUUUCCAAGACUCUUUCAAGUUCUGCUGUAAGGACCUGAUUUGGGAGAGAAGACAAGUUGCUCAACUUUGUGCUUUGUAUCUGUUCCGACCACAUUAAGUUUCCGAGCUUAUGUAUGAACCUUAUGAAACGAGCAAUAAAACUGUAUGAUAUUUGUUUCCUUUA